UUUCUGUUCAUGUACGCAGGAACGAGUUUAUUCGUUUUAGAAGAGAAACAUCGUGAAUGAUUGUUCCAUAGGCUUUUUAUAAGUUCUGAAAAAUGGAAAAAGAAGAAGUUUCUAAUGGACACACCGAUGUUCCUGAUGAUAAGCCUGUCGUAGAGAAUAGAAUAGAUGCAUUUGAUUUAGGGGAACCUAGUUUCCUAGCUGCUCAAGUAGGAAUGGAUGAUGCAGAUUUACAAGCAAUUAGUUCAGUUGACGUAGUCCUCAAGGAUGACCAUUUUGAACAGGUUUCUCUAAGAGAGGAAACGUCCCUCUCGUCAACGAGUCUAGAUUCUCUCUAUCCUCCUGUUCAAUCUCCACGAAGACCUAAUCCAAAGGCUACAAUGCCAAACGUUUCUCCAGAGUUAUUGCAUCUAGUUGAUUCCGCCAUCAUGGGUAAGCCUGAAAGCUUAGACAAACUGAAGAACAUUGUUACCGGCGCCGAGAGAUUCGGUUCCGGAGAGGAUUCAGAGACUACUGCUUUCCUUAUCAUCGAUUCACUUCUCGCGACCAUGGGCGGAGUCGAGAGCUUUGAAGAGGACGAAGAUAGCAACCCUCCUAGCGUAAUGCUGAACUCUCGUGCUGCCAUUGUUUCUGGCGAGCUUAUUCCUAGCCUUCCUUGUUCCGGCGACAGUAUUAGCUUUAUGUCCCCAAGAACUCGAAUGGUGCGAGGAUUGCUAGCGAUUCUACGUUCUUGCACAAGAAACAGAGCGAUGUGUUCGACGGCGGGAUUGUUAGGUGUUCUCUUGCGAUCAGUCGAGGAUAUACUUUCAAAGGACGCCAAUAUGUUAUGGAAUAAUGCAACAGUUUUGUUUCACUGUGUUCAACAUUUAGCCGGACACUCACUUAGUGUGGAAGAUUUGCAUAGAUGGAUUCAUGUUAUUAAAGAAUCUCUUACAACAGUGUGGUCAAGUCCAUUGAUGGAUGCUUUGGAGAAGGCAAUGAACGGAAAGGAAUCAAGAGGGCCUUCGUGUAGUUUUGAGUUCGUUGGUGAAAGCUCAGGCUUGCUUGGUCCAGGAGAAAGCCGUUGGCCUUUUACUAAUGGCUACGCAUUUGCAACUUGGAUAUACAUCGAAUCAUUUGCCGACACAUUAAACGCUUCAACCGCUGCUGCUGCAAUCGCGGCUGCUUCAGCGGCCAAAUCAGGAAAAACGGCUGCGAAUGUACACGGUGGUGAGGGUACUGCUCAUAUGCCACGUCUGUUCAGAUUCUUGACCGCUGAUAAUCAAGGGAUUGAAGCAUAUUUUUAUGCACAGUUUCUAGUGGUUGAGAGUGGGAGUGGGAAAGGAAGUAAAGCUUCACUGCACUUCACUCAUGCAUUUAAGCCUCAGUGUUGGUACUUCAUUGGCAUUGAACAUACUUGUAAUCAUGGACUUUUAGGGAACUCAGAGAGUGAACUACGUCUAUAUAUUGAUGGCUCCUUGUAUGAAACUCGUGCGUUUGAGUUUCCUCGUAUAUCCAAACCGCUUUCUUCAUGUUGCAUUGGAUCAAACCCUCGUCCUACAGCAGCUGCUGGUCUACAGCAGCCUCGUCGUCGUCAGUGUGCUUUGUUUGCUGAGACGGGGCCAGUCUAUAUAUUUAAAGAACCGAUUGGUCUUGAAAGAAUGACACGUUUGGCAUCUAGAGGUGGUGAUGUUUUGCCUUGUUUUGGCAAUGGGGCUACAAAUGACCAUGUUCGUAGUGAGGCAGAGGAAAGUAGUCUUUUCGAUGCAGAUCUUGGAGAAUACAUCCACUUACUUUACCACCCAAGUUUACUUAGUGGACGGUUUUGUCUAGAUGCUUCUUUUACUGGAGCAACAGGCACACAAAGACGACCAGCUGAGAUAAUUGGACAAGUCCAUGUCGCAACGAGAAUGAAGUCAGUGGAGUCUUUCUGGGCCUUAGCUUAUGGAGGUCCCAUGUCUUUGCUUCCUCUAAUCGUAAGCAAUGUGCAUAAAGAUAGCUUGGAGCCGUCUUGUAGAGAUCUUCCAUUGUCUUUGGCAACGUAUUCUCUUGCUGCACCUAUAUUUAGAAUCAUCUCAGUCGCUAUUCAACAUCCUGCCAACAAGGAAGAGUUGUCUCGUACUCAAGGGCCUGAAGUUAUGGCCAUACUCUUAGAUUAUAUUCUUCACUCACUUGCAUCCCUUGACCUAAAUCAUGAUAGAGUAGAAGAUGAGGAACUAGUUGCUGCCAUUGUUUCGGUUUGUCAAUCUCAAAAGAACAAUCAUGAUCUUAAAGUGCUGCUCUUCCGUGCACUGCUAUUAGAUCUCAAGAUAUGGAGCGUGAGCAAUUACAGACUUCAGAAGAAGCUAUUGUCAUCCCUUCAAGAUAUGGUUUUCACUGAAGCCGCAGCUAUGAGGGAUGCUGAUGCUAUUCAGGUACUUCUGGAUGGAUGUCGGAGAUGUUACUGGACGAUUCAAGAGAAAAACUCUUUGAACACUUUCUAUCUGCAUGGGGACGCACGUCAAAUGGGGGAAGUUAAUGCCUUGGUUGAUGAGCUUUUGGUGAUUAUUGAACUUCUAAUGGGAGCAGCGUCUCUUUCUUUUGUUGCUGGUGAUGUCCAUCGAUUACUUGGCUUCAUCAUUGAUAGUCCACAACCAAAUCAGCCAAAUGACACAAAGGCUCAGACAUUUGCAGAGACAUUUAUCACAUCUGGUGGGAUCGAAACACUUCUUGUUCUGCUGCAGAGAGAAGCCAAAACGGGUGAGGGACACGUUGCAGAAUCUGUGGCUAAGGGUGUGACAAGCAUGCUGCCUAAUCAUAGUGAACAGGUUCAUCACGAUGAGCAUGAUAAUAAAGUAGCAUCUUUGAAAGAAACAGAGUCAGUUCAACAAGAAAAAGUGCAUGGAUCUGCCACUGUCAUUUGUGAUAGUGACUCAGUCACCAUCUCCAAUCCAAUGAGUGAUGAUAGAGUAUCCUCUGUGUCUGAAACUCCAUGCAGCAAUAACGUAAGGAAUAAUACAAGAAGCAACGUUGACGAGAGUGAUUGCGUCGUAGUUGGGAUCAUCAGAUUGAUCGGCGCCUUGAUUUCAAAAGGGCACUUGAAAUUUUCACUUGGUGUUGAAUCUGAUGUCAUGAGUAACCUCAUGGGUAGUGGGCUUCAUGAAAGUGGUGGAACAAUGUUUGACGAUAAAGUUGCAUUGCUUCUAUUUUCUCUGUUGAAAGCAUUUCAAGCAGCUCCAAACACGCUGAUGACCGACAACGUCUAUACAACUUUGCUUGGGGCUUCGAUCAAUGCUUCAUCAACUGAGGAUGGCCUGAACUUUUAUGAUUCAGGUCAUCACUUUGAACACUCUCAAAUUUUGUUAAUCCUCCUACGUUCUCUACCAUUUGCAUCUAAAGCUCUACAAAAUCGAGCACUUCAGGAUCUCCUAUUUUUGGCUUGUAGCCAUCCGGAAAAUAGGAGCAGUUUGACAAAAAUGGAAGAGUGGCCUGAGUGGAUAUUAGAGAUUAUGAUCUCAAACUAUGAGAAGGAUGCAGAGAAACAGUCUGCUUCACCCAGUUCUGCUGAGGUGGAAGAUUUGAUCCAAAACUUUUUGAUCAUAAUGUUGCAACAUUCAAUGCGUCAAAAAGAUGGCUGGAAGGAUAUUGAGGCUACAAUUCAUUGUGCAGAGUGGCUCUCUAUUGUUGGUGGGUCUAGCACGGGGGAGAAACGGAUUAGGCGUGAGGAAUCACUACCAAUUUUCAAAAGAAAUCUUUUGGGUGGGUUGCUAGACUUUGCUGCUAGAGAACUACAAGCUCAGACUCAAGUUAUCGCUUCAGCAUCUGCUGGUCUCGCGGCAGAGAGUCUAGCACCAAAAGAUGCAAAAGCAGGAGUAGAAAAUGCUGCUCAACUUUCAGUGUUUCUUGUGGAAAAUACAAUAGUGAUUUUGAUGCUUGUCGAAGACCAUUUGCGCCUACAAAGCAAGCAUAAUUGUGCUGCAAGCGCAGUUGAUGUUUCUCCAUCACCUCUUUCUCUUGUUUAUCCCAUUUACAACCGUUCAGGUACAUUGACAACGGUCGGAGAAUCAACAGAGGUGUCUAGUAGCCGUGCUUCAGUGUCCAGUGAUUCAGGAGGGGUCCAUUUAGAUAUACUUUCUUCAAUGGCCGAUGCAAGUGGCCAAAUAUCUACAGCUGUAAUGGAGCGUCUUGCUGCUGCAGCAGCAGCUGAGCCUUAUGAAUCUGUUUCGUGUGCUUUUGUUUCAUACGGAAGUUGUACCAUGGAUUUGGCUGAGGGUUGGAAGUACAGGAGUCGAUUGUGGUAUGGUGUCGGGCUUCCUUCUAAAACUAGUUGUUUUGGUGGUGGUGGAAGUGGUUGGGACUCUUGGAACUGUUCUUUACAGAAAGAUGUUGAUGGAAACUGGAUCGAGCUUCCUUUGGUUAAAAAAUCAGUAUCUAUGCUUCAAGCGUUGCUGCUAGAUGAGUCUGGACUUGGAGGUGGUCUAGGAAUUGGUGGAGGAUCUGGCACUGGGAUAGGAGGGAUGGCGGCUCUCUACCAGUUGCUAGAUAGUGACCAACCUUUCUUAUGUAUGCUUCGGAUGGUGCUCUUGUCUUUGAGGGAAGAAGACCAUGGUGAAGAUAGUCUGUUGAUGAAAAAUCUAAGUGCUGAAGAUGGUUUUUCUGGUGGACUACAGUGCCCCUUAGGGAAUUCUGUGUCUUUAGAUAUUAGUUCUCAGAUGUCUAUGCGACAGUCACCAUCAGCUUUAUUAUGGAGUGUGCUCACUCCUAUUCUGAACAUGCCAAUAUCUGAUUCAAAGAGGCAGAGAGUAUUGGUUACAACAUGUGUUCUAUAUUCCGAGGUUUGGCAUGCGGUGAGCAGAGACAAAAGACCACUACGUAAGCAGUAUCUAGAGGCUAUUUUACCACCAUUUGUUGCAAUUCUUCGGAGAUGGAGACCUCUUUUGGCUGGCAUUCAUGAACUUGCUACUGGUGAUGGUUUGAAUCCCCUUGCCGUUGAUGAUCGUGCUUUGGCUGCUGAUGCUCUCCCCAUUGAGGCGGCUCUUUCGAUGAUUUCUCCGGAAUGGGCAGCUGCAUUUGCAUCGCCUCCUUCUGCAAUGGCACUGGCGAUGAUAGCCGCCGGUGCAGCUGGUUGGGAAGCGCCGCCACCUCCAGCACCUCCGGCACCGCCGCAUCUUAGGCGAGAUUCUUCAUUGCUUGAGCGUAAAAGUACCAAACUUCAGACCUUUUCAAGCUUCCAGAAACCCUUGGAGGCUCCGAACGACGAUACACCCGGCCGACCAAGAGACAAGGCUGCUGCAAAAGCGGCAGCUCUAGCGGCUGCGCGUGAUCUUGAAAGAAACUCCAAGAUUGGUUCUGGGAGAGGUUUAAGUGCUGUUGCGAUGGCCACAUCCACGCAGCGGAGAAAUAUCAGUGACAUGGAGCGUUUACAGAGAUGGAACAUCUCUGAAGCCAUGGGAGUUGCAUGGAUGGAAUGCCUCCAGCCAGUGGAUACAAAAUCAGUCUAUGGAAAAGAUUUUAAUGCUUUGUCCUAUAAAUUUAUUGCUGUACUUGUUGCAAGCUUCGCCUUAGCACGUAACAUGCAGAGAUCUGAGAUUGACAGGUGUAUACGAGAUGAUAAUAUAGUGAGAAAUCGCUUAUGCAUGGGACUUCGUGGUUGGCGCAAACUCGUACAUUACUUAGUAGAGAUGACAAGCUUCUUUGGACCCUUUGGAGACCAUUUAUGCAGUUCCCAAAACGUUUUCUGGAAACUGGAUUCUAUGGAAAGUUCUUCGAGGAUGAGACAGUGUUUAAGGCGGAAUUAUUCAGGUACUAAUCAUCUUGAGGCAGCGGGAAACUAUGAUGAUCAAACAGACUUGAAGAGUAAUUACGAUAAGUUGGCUUCUCCGUCAAGUAUACCUGUUCUUGAUGCGGAAGCAAUAGCAAACAAAAUAAUAAUUUAUGAAGAUGAUGAACAUGGAGAUGUUGAUGAUCUUGAAAUAGAGGGUAAUAUAGGAAAAAAUGAAGAGAGAAUGUCUGGCUCACUUGACGAUGCAAGACGAUUGUCAAGUGGGAUCAGCGAUUCUCAACCGUUGAAUAACCAAGAUGUGGUUCAAAAUUCUACAAAAGUACUUGAUGAAAGGAUUGUUCUUGAAGUUUCCUCUUCUAUGGUCCGGCCACUAAAGGUCGUGAAAGGAACUUUUCAGAUUACAACAUGGAGAAUAAAUUUUAUUGUUGACAUCAAAGAAAGCCAACAUGUGGAUGAUAAGUCAAAUGGGUCAGAAUCAGGAAACCAUGAAAGAGAUCGUAGUUGGCUCAUGUCUUCUCUUCAUCAGAUUUAUAGCCGACGAUAUCUAUUACGAAAGAGUGCUCUGGAAUUAUUUAUGGUCGAUCGCUCAAACUUCUUCUUUGAUUUUGGGAACGCUGAGGGACGAAGAAAUGUGUAUAGAACUAUUGUUCAAGCAAGGCCUUCUCAUCUAAAUAAUAUUUACCUGGAAACUCAGAGACAAGAACAACUUUUCAGAAGAAGUCAGUUAAUGGAACGUUGGGCUAGAUGGGAGUAUCCGAUUUUCCCGUGGAUUUUGUCCGACUAUAUAUCAGAAGUUCUGGACCAUUCAAAUCCAUCAACCUACAGAGAUCUCUCCAAGCCAAUUGGUGCAUUGAACCUAGAGCGGCUGAAAAAGUUUCAAGAACAUUAUUCGAACUUCGAAGAUUCAGUCAUCCCCAAAUUCCACUAUAGUUCACAUUACUCAAGUGCUGGAGCAGUGUUGCAUUAUCUAGCAAGAAUCGAACCUUUUACAACCCUUUCAUUUCAAUUGAAAGGUACAGACCGAAUGUUUUCAGACAUUGCAGCCACUUGGAAAGGAGUUCUCCAAGAUAUGAGUAAUGUGAAUGAGCUGGUUCCAGAGUUGUUUUACCUUCCUGAGGUGUUGACCAACCAGAAAUUAAUCAACUUUGGUACAACACAAUUAGGAGAAAAGCUUGAUUCUGUAAAACUUCCCCCUUGGGCUAAAAGCCCGAUCGAUUUCAUACACAAGCAACGAAUGGCUCUUGAGAGUGAGCAUCAACGUGGUAAAGAAGCUAUGCUGGCGAAUAAUGUUUUCUUCUACACUACAUAUGAGGGAACUGUUGAUAUUGAUAAGAUCACAAAUCCUGUACAACAGCGAGCUACUCAAGACCAUAUAGCUUAUUUUGGGCAAACGCCAUCUCAGCUAUUGACUGUGCCUCACAUCAAAAGAUUGCCUUUGAAAGAUAUCCUUCAUAUGCAGACCAUCUUUAAGAAUCCAAAAGCGAUAAAACCAUAUCCUGUUCCAGCUCCAGAACACUGCAACUUACCUGCUGCAGCUAUCAAGGCAUCUUCGGAUAGUGUUGUUGUUGUUGACAUGAGUGUGCCUGCAGCACAUAUUGCACAUCACAAGUGGCAACCAAAUACUCCUGAUGGCGAGAAUGCUCCUUUCAUCUUUCAUCACGGGAAGGUGGCCGGAACAUUGACACGCAUGUUCAAAGGUGAUUCGGAAUAUCCACAAGCACAUGCAUUUGCCUCAUCAGGAAUCAGAAGCUCAUCGGUCACUGCUGUUACAAGUGAUGGAGAAAUUAUCACCGGUGGACAUGUGGAUAAUAGCAUCAAGCUAGUUUCAUGUGAUGGAGGGAGAACACUGGAAACAGCUUUUGGUCACUGUGCUCCUGUGACAUGUCUUGCUCUGUCUCCAGACAGCAACUUCCUUGUGACAGGUUCACGAGAUACGACUGUUUUGCUGUGGAAAUUUCACAAAGGAUUGUUAACUUCUCAGACAAGCGACUCCGAGCAGACAAAAAGCUUAGAGACACCUUCCUCUGCAAGCAACACCAAAAAGCAUCGCAUUGAAGGGCCCAUACAAGUGAUCCAUGGCCACCGAAGAGAAAUAGUUUGUUGUUGUAUUAGCUCAGAUCAAGGAAUCGUUGUUUCUUCCUCUGAGUCAUCAGAUGUUCUAUUGCAUUCCAUUAGAAAAGGUCGACUACUAAGGCGACUUGUUGGCGUCAAGGCACAUGCUCUCUGCAUUUCAUCUAAUGGAGUUAUAGUGGUCUGGAGUAGAUCAGAAAAUUCUAUCAGCACCUUCACCAUUAAUGGAGUUCUUGUUUCCAAAGCAAAACUUCAUUCCUCUUGUACGGUAAGUUGCAUGGAACUAUCCAUGGAUGGUCAAAAUGUUGUGAUUGGCGUGAACUCUUCUUCCGACAUUGGCGAUGAAGAAGAUUCAUCAUCAUCAUAUGGAGCCGAUGAGAUUGACAGACUUGAAAUCACAUCUCCUUCAAUUUGCUUCCUCAACUUACACACUCUCAAGAUGUUCCAUGUGAUGAAGCUCGGUGAAGGGCAGGAUAUAACCGCUAUGGCUCUAAACACGGACAACACUAACCUCUUAGUUUCCACUAAAGAUAAACAGUUGAUCAUCUUCACUGAUCCAGCUUUAAGAUCGAAGUUGGUGGAUCAAAAGCUGAAACCUGGCUCUGAAUAAAAGAUGGAUUCGACCCUUUAGAUACAAAUUUACAACAGCUCACAUAGAGAAUUUUACUGCAUGACUUCAGGUUUUCACAUGUUUGUUUCGUAAUUAUGUGUGUAUCAGAAUCAGUACAUAUGUAGAUAAAACGCUAUAGAGAUUCAUGAGACCAUUUGCUCAUUGAGUUGAUUUUUUUUCUUCUUUUAAUCUUCUGCAAGUUAGGUUGAAAGAACGUCAUAAUUGUCUUAUACAUACUUAUCUUCUUGGUG